GAGUUCGUCUUGUGGUCGCUUCCGGUUUCAGUUUUGUUCUAGUAAAAUAUGAUUCCUUCUUUGUUGAUUCUUCUUCUCCCUUCACUUUUAUCCUGUUCUAUUAACUCAAAUGAAAAGCUUUUCAACUACUUGAGUUAAAUUUGACAUUGUUUCAGGGAUUUAACUGACUUCAAUAUUAGUAACAAUACAUUUUAUUAUUACUUCCCACUAAAGCUUUAUGGAAGAAAAAACGUUGGUACAAGUUAACGAAGGGACGCAAAAAGACGAAGUUUGCAUCUCCCCAUGCGACAAUAGUCCUUCCGGAUUAGCAUCUCAGACAGAUGCCUCACCUGAGCUGGUUACGUCGUUUGACAGUGAAUCGGAAUCGAAAGUAGUUCCUAAAAUCUCCAUAAAGCUCGAAAAAGACAAGCAAGAUGGCGGAACUCUUAAUAAUGAUCGAGAAUCGCUCAUGAACAAUAAUAAUAAUAAUAAUAAUAAUAAUAACAAUAAUACUUCGUCCGACGGAAGAACGGACGAAGAAACUAACGAACACGAUGACCCUUUAGUGUGGGAGGGGGAAGUCGGUAGCUUGCCGUUAACAGAACUAAAAGUUUUUCGAUAUAAUGAGCUCGGCUGUUUGGAAAUCGAUGAAUCAUCAAGCGGUUCUCAAGAUUCCAAAUCCAAAAGAGAAAAGGGAAAGCUUAAAACGACAAAUCAUGAGAAGGGAGCUCUACCGCCUGAUAAGAAGAGGCGGAAGCUCGGAACAGUGGAGGAAGCUACCGUAUCACCUCAAGAGCCAAUCAUGAGACAGAAGGGGAAAUUCUUUCCGUGGAACUCGUAUCUAGAAAAAACUAGUAGUAUGGCUGCUCCAAACUCCUGCUUUCUCAAGCCCUACCACACAAAGAAGAAUCACUUCAAAGUUCAAACAAUGCUAGAAGGAAUCGACCCGAGACAUCCUUCUCUUUAUUGCGUUUUAAAUAUCGUUCAAAUUCAGGGAUAUAGAUUGAGACUAAAUUUUGAAGGAUAUUCUAAUGCCUAUGACUUUUGGGUGAAUGCUGAUUCGACAUUUAUCUUUCCCCCUGGUUGGUGCAGCAAAAACGGAAAAAAGCUGCAAUUACCCCCCAAUCAAAAUGAUUUCGAUUGGUCAAAAAUCCCUGAUAGUAAACAAGCUCAGAAGUCUCUAUUCAUAAUUUCAAACACGCAAAACUAUAAUGCUGUUCCUCCGUUCGUUGAAGUGGGGAUGAAGCUAGAAGCUGUUGAUAAGAAGAAUACGGUGCUUACGUGUGUGGCAACUAUAGCAGACAUUGUUGCCGAUAAGGUGCUUAUACAUUUUGAUGGUUGGGAAGAAGAUUAUGAUUAUUGGUGUGACCUAUCAUCCCCGUAUGUUCAUCAAGUGGGUUGGUGCCAAGCAAAUGCGAAAGCUCUAUCCCCACCACCAAGCUGGACGAAUAUUAAGACAUUUACUUGGGAGAAAUAUUUAGAACAUACGAACAGCAAACGCAUUCCCGGUAGAGCUUUUCGUAAUCGCUCUAUUAGUAACUUUGAAGCAGAUACGAAACUAGAAGCGGUUGACGUAAGAAAUCCGUCGUUAAUUCGCGUUGCGACGAUUGUGAAAACCGAAUCAAAUCGUCUUUUGAUUCAUUAUGAUGGUUGGCCCGAUUAUCUUGAUAAUUGGGUUGACGAUGAUAGCACCGAUUUACACCCUUGUGGGUGGUGUGCAAAAACUGGCCAUAGUUUACAGGCACCUUUAGAUCCCAUGGACAGCAAAUUGCCUAAUAUUCAAACGUCUGGAUGUCCUACCCCUGGUUGCACAGGUGUAGGUCACGUUAAAGGAGCAUCACAUCAAACACAUCACAGCGUCUUCGGAUGUCCAUAUAAUUUCAAUAAUUUGAGCAAAGAAUUUGUUCCUGAUCGUCUAAAGUCGUUGAACACUGCAGAGACUAGAGUUAACGAGAGCAAAAAGUGUCCAACGCCCGGUUGUGAUAGUUCGGGUCACGUAACAGGAAAGUAUCCAUUCCAUCAUAAGGUUUCGGGGUGCCCUUUGGCAGCAGCUCAGAAAGAAACUUCGACAACUUCUAGAAAGAGGGGCAGAAAGCCGAUACAUAAAGCGGAACCUUUGGCAAUAGUCACGUCGGUUAAGUAUCAGCGAAAAGUUUUGUCAUGCGCGUCUAUUGCUAAUUCGGACGAAAUUGAAAAAUGGUCUAUUGACGAAGUAUCAGAGUUUGUGAGAAGUUUGCCAGGUUGCCACGAAUACGGCAGGAAGUUUAAAGAAGAAGAAAUCGAUGGCGAAUCUUUCUUACUUGCCAAGCAAGAAGAUUUUGUGGAAAGGAUGGGCUUGAAGUUGGGUCCUGCACUUAAAAUAGCUACGGCGCUCAACGUUGCUAAAUACAGCACUUGA